AUGUCUGACGAUCGCGAAGAAAAGAUUAUCAACGAAGAAUAUAAAAUUUGGAAAAAGAAUACAUCUUUUUUAUAUGAUCUAAUCAUAACCCAUGCUCUUGAAUGGCCAUCUCUAACCGUAGAAUGGCUUCCAGAAAAGAGACAACAUGACACACAUAGUACACAAAAACUCAUACUAGGAACUCAUACAUCACAAUCCGAACAGAAUUAUCUUCUUAUUGCGGAAGCUGAAUUACCAAUUAAUAAUUCUGAUGUUGAUAUUAGAAGAUAUGACUCUAGUAAUGGGGAAUCAGGAUCAUUGGGAACAAGUAUGGGAAAAGGAAAGGUGGAAUGUGUUCAACGUAUUAACCAUGAAGGAGAGGUGAAUAGAGCUCGUUAUAUGCCUCAACAUCCCGAGUAUAUUGCCACCAAGUGUGUGAAUGGCCAAGUAUUAAUUUUCAAAUAUACCGAAUUUGAAAGUGUUCCAAAAACCAAUCAAUGUACACCUACUUUAAGAUUGAAAGGUCAUACUCAAGAAGGAUACGGUGUUUGUUGGAGCACCAAGAAAGAAGGACUGAUAGCAAGCGGUAGUGAUGAUUGCAAAGUGUGUAUUUGGGACAUUUUUGCUCAGCAAGGUCAAAUUGACAAGGGAUCUUUACAACCUUUUAUGACACUUGAAGGUCAUUCGGCUGUAGUAGAAGAUGUUGCUUGGCAUCGAAUUCAUGACUUCUUGUUAGGAACAGUGUGUGAUGACAAAAAUUUACGUAUUUUUGAUACUCGUGCUCAAAGCAACACAAAACCUUCGCAUGUCACUGAAGCUCAUAGAGCUGAAGUCAAUUCUAUUGAUUUUUCUCCUUACAGCGAAUAUGUUCUUGCUACUGGAUCCGCUGAUAAAACUGUGAAACUAUGGGAUAUGAGAAAUCUAAAGUCUGAGCUUCAUACACUGAAUAGUCAUACAGACGAAGUGUUCUCAGUGUCAUGGUCCCCAUCAAAUGAAACUAUUUUAGCAUCGUGUGGAACUGAUAGAAGAGUUAUGAUUUGGGAUAUUUCUAGAAUUGGUAUGGAGCAAACCCCAGAAGAUGCUGAAGAUGGCCCACCAGAACUUCUUUUCAUUCAUGGUGGUCACACCUCCAAAAUUUCUGACUUUUCAUGGAAUCCCAAUGAAGGAGAUGAGUGGGUGAUUGCUUCAGUGGCUGAGGACAAUAUUCUUCAAAUCUGGCAACCUUCUGACUCUAUCUACUUGGAAGAUGACAAUGAGAAUGUUGCAGAUAGCGAUCUUCAAUAA